AGGCAGUGCGAAAGCUGGCGGGCUACAACGUGAAGAACAGCACCGAGGCAAACGCCGGGUGGCUGCAGUUCUGGUGGCGCGCCAUGACAGACGUGGCGAAGCCGGGCGACACCACGGAGUUCAUUAAUGCUUCGGCGGGGUCCGAGACACCACGCAUGGGAGUGAACUCCGGCUACAGGCCCGAGGAACCACGCAUCUCCGUGCCGCUGGGCACUGCAACUGGGCGCAGAGUUUCGUCCGGUGGUUUGCG